AUUUAGACUGUGAUCAUCUUCAGCAUCCAUUCAGCAGAAAUCAACGAUCAUCAGAAGCCAUGGAAUUCCACUCUAAUGUGGUGAACUCUCAGCCUGUCACCGUAACACAAUACACUGUAUCUGCUGCACGCUCAGAUUGGAGUACAAGCGUGUGCGACUGCUGUGAUGACUGUGGCAUUUGUCUUUGUGCAACAUUUAUUCCCUGUAUUCUGGGCUGCAAGGUGGCUCAAGACAACGGAGACAGCUGCUGUUUGCCUUUCCUCCCCGGCGCCAUGAUUGCUCUGAGGACGAGCAUCCGAAGUAAAUACAACAUUGAAGGCUCAGUGUGCGACGACUGGGUUAUCAUGUCCUGCUUGCCUUUUUGUGGACUGUGUCAGAUGGCACGAGAGCAGAAAAUGAGGAAAUAA